AUGUCCGCAACAACCACCGCCGUGUCUGCCACCUCCACCGCCAGCACAACCUGCAACGCACAAGUCUACGAAAUCCCGACAAAGGACGCCGCAUGCGCCGUUCCAGCACAAGGAGGGAGCAACUACGCCGACGCAAUGAAGACCUGCUGCCACUCGGCGAGCGUGCAAUCCUACGAUAACAACUGCGGCUUGUACUGUCUCGCGCAGGGCCAGACGGUGGGCAACCUGACGAGCUGCCUGAUGGGCCACGGCGUGGACAGUGCGCAUGUCUUUUGCAAUCAGAACCAGACGGCGACGGCGACGGAGACGGCGUCUGCGAGUAAAGAGACUGGUUCUUCUUCUACUUCUGGGACGAGUACGGGUUCCUCUGCCACGGCGACGUCGUCUAAGAGUGCGGCUGUGGCUGCGAAGACGGUGUCCAAGUCUGGUUUGGGGGUUUUGGCGCUGCUGUUUUGCUCGUCGCUUCUCGGGGCGGUUGCUUAA